GGGUAUAAUGAAGAUUUUGGUGAAGUUCUCUCUCUUUAUUUUCAUUUUCCCUGUGGAUAUUAAGGAUUUGACAAAGGAAAUUGCUGUAAAAAAAUUCCUUUGAUUCACUUGGAAACAUAAAGAAUAGGGUACCUGUUAAGUACUCUUCUAUAGAAUCUUUUGUAACACUUAGAGAAACAAGAAAUAGUCUCUAUCCCAGUUUCCUGAAAGAUGGCAGGAGGUGGUUUCGCAGUUCAAGGUCCGGCGAGGAACUAUGAAGGUGGCGUCACAACCUUCGUUAUCGUCACUUGUUUUGUGGCAGCUUUUGGAGGUCUGAUUUUCGGUUAUGAUAUUGGUAUCUCAGGUGGAGUGACUUCAAUGGACUCAUUUUUGAAGAAGUUCUUCCCAUCUGUUUACCACAAAGAGUCCGAGAAACAUAAUGAGAAUAUGUACUGCAAAUUUGAGAGCCAUCUGCUCCAAUUGUUCACAUCUUCUCUGUACCUGGCAGCGUUGGUAGCUUCCUUCUUUGCUUCUACAGUGACUCGGGUUUUUGGUCGUAAGGUCUCUAUGUUGUUUGGUGGCCUUGUUUUCCUCGUUGGUGCUGUCCUCAAUGGUGUUGCCAUGAACGUCGCAAUGCUAAUUAUUGGCCGUUUGUUGCUAGGUGUGGGUGUUGGAUUUGCCAAUCAGUCUGUUCCCGUUUAUUUAUCAGAAAUGGCGCCGGCCAAGAUCAGGGGAGCACUUAACAUUGGUUUUCAAAUGGCCAUUACAAUCGGUAUUUUGGCUGCGAAUCUGAUAAAUUACGGGACAUCAAAGAUUGAAGGUGGUUGGGGAUGGAGAAUUUCCCUAGCUCUUGCAGCAGUCCCUGCAAUAAUGAUUACUGUUGGAUCUCUAUUCCUACCAGACACCCCCAAUUCAAUUCUUGAGAGAGGCCACACUGAGAAGGCUAGAGACAUGUUGAAGAAGAUUCGGGGCACAAACAAUGUUGAUGAGGAGUUUCAAGACCUUGUUGAUGCAAGUGAAGCCGCAAAGAGAGUAGAACAUCCAUGGAGGAACAUUCUGAAGCCACAGUACAGGCCUCAACUUGUGAUUUGCAGCUUGAUUCCAUGCUUCCAGCAGCUUACUGGAAUUAAUGUCAUCAUGUUUUAUGCACCUGUUCUAUUUAAGACUUUAGGAUUCGGCGAUGGUGCUUCGCUUAUGUCUGCUGUUAUAACUGGAGUAGUUAAUGUCUUAGCCACAGUUGUUUCCAUAUAUUCUGCUGAUAGGUUUGGAAGACGGGUUUUAUUCCUUGAAGGUGGCGUCCAAAUGAUUAUUUGUCAGGUUCUUGUUGGAAUCAUGAUCAGCCUCAGCUUUGGGACUAGUGGUGUAGGAAAACUGGCAGGUGGGACAGCAAAUUUUGUGCUAUUUUUAAUAUGUGUAUACGUAGCAGCAUUUGCAUGGUCAUGGGGUCCAUUGGGAUGGCUGGUACCUAGUGAGAUCUGCCCUCUGGAAAUUCGAUCAGCUGGCCAAGCCAUCAACGUAUCCGUUAACAUGUUCUUCACCUUUGUGAUUGGCCAAUUCUUUUUAUCCAUGCUUUGCCACAUGAAGUUCGGGCUCUUCUUAUUCUUCGCUGGGUGGGUCGUGAUUAUGACAAUCUUCAUAUUCUUCUUCUUGCCUGAGACGAGAAACGUACCAAUUGAAGAGAUGAAUAGGGUAUGGAAGGCACACUGGUUUUGGGGAAGUUACAUUCCAGAUGAUGCUGUUAUUGGUGGCCAGUCUUCUAAUAAACAGAAACCAUGAAAUUUGUAAGUAGAUUCAGGGUUUUGUUAGAAAUUCAAUAAAGAUUUGGGCCAAAACAAAAUAAAGUUCUUUUAAGCAUAGGGAGCCAAAUGAAAAUGUCACUGGUUCUUUUAUGUAGGCGUUUUUUCACAAAUUUAGCUUAAAUGAUAUUACCUAAAAUGAAUUGUUCAUAAAAAAAGAGAUGGAAAAAUUAUG